CACAUAAAUGCUAUUCCAUAUCUUGUGCGUUUUGCAUUCUUUACGUGAUUUUUAAUUCUCCAGUGAACUAAUCUUGUUGUUUGUUUACGUGAGCAACAACACGUGUUCUCAUCGCCGAUCCGUGCCAGGAUUCAAGAUCCCGCAAACGCUUGCCGGUACAGACGUGAGCCGGGACAUAUGCCUCCCAAAGGAAAAGGCGGCGACUCCAAGGGAGGAUCCAAGAAAGGCAAAGGCGCAGGAGAAGCAGCGGAAGCUUCGGACUCCAAGGGCGGCAAGCAGGCCAAAGGUGGAACGGCCGUUAAGGUUCGGCACAUCCUGUGUGAGAAGCAGUCUAAGGCCCUGGAAGCACUCGAGAAGAUCAAGGGAGGCAUGAAAUUCAAUGAGGCGGCCGCCGCCUACAGUGAAGACAAAGCUCGCCAAGGGGGCGACUUGGGUUGGAUGACGCGUGGAUCGAUGGUUGGCCCUUUCCAGGAUGCGGCCUUUGCGCUGCCCGUUAGUAGCCUGGGCAAUCCUGUCUACACAGACCCGCCCGUCAAGACCAAGUUUGGCUACCACAUCAUUAUGGUCGAGGGAAAGAAGUAGACUGACACACUCAGUAUGUGCUGAUCUCAGUGCGAUGGCCACGUUGGCCUUUCUUGUAUAAUAAACAGGUGCCACUUUGCA